AUGGUGAAGCCAUCCAAAUCGGCUUCCCACCCAAAGGUAAAGCCAGAGAGGUUAAUGUACAGUGUUAAAUUGGGGUUUGUGUUUGUAUUCCACGAAGAUGAGCUCAAGCUCCGCGAAAACGAGAAUGGGGUGAAAGAUACCCUCGCAAAGGAGCUUCCAUAUGUGUCACGAGAGGUCUACAAUUUUACCUGCGUGUCUCUUAGGGAUCUCCCUGAUCACAUUUACAAUUCCUGGGGACUUCGCAAAACGCGCCUCACAUCAUCACGCACCUAUCUUACGCCGUACCAUACGGAACCAUUGGAGAUUGCGGUGAAAGAACUCUCCAAAAAAUGCAGUCACAUCACAUUCGUAGUGAAAACCGCGCUAGGGGAGGAAGAAACUGAGGAUAUUUAUGAUGAUGAUCCGUGGUUGGUUACUGCGAAUGACUCUGUCUGUGGAGUUGGAUCGCAGAAUAUUCCCUCCUGGCUUCCUGGGGUUGGCGAAGAAGAUGCUGAGGACUGGGACUCUUUCGGUAUAGAAAUUGAGUCUCGGCUCCUCAGGUCUGAUUCCACUAGAGACAAGAAAGAGAUAGCUAGGGUGCUAGAGGCAAUUGAAGGAGGUGACGGGGAUAGCUAUGGCGCGUUUAUUACGAAUCAAUGCAGCAUGCAGGUUAAUAUUCCGGCACCAAAGGAAUUUGAUGUCCUGAAGGCACUCGCCUUCAUCCUCAUAGUCUAUGAGGAAGAAAUCUCACGAUUGCAUCCGCCAUGUCGGGCCCCAGAUCAUGCUGCAGCAAGAGGGAACCAUGAAAGUAACCGGUUUGGAGCCGCUCACUACCCGCCAUACCGAAGGAUAAGAGAUUUCGACCCGUCAACUAGCGCGAUGAAGAAAGAAUAUAAAGUCUCUCUCGAGAGCAUCCGUGAAGAUUUACGCAAGAUACAGAAACCGGAGGAAUUAGCUAUAUAUAUGAACGGCCCCGCAGUAGAACCGCACACCCAAGGCAACAGAUAUCGACAGGUAAACUUCACGUCGGCUAUCCAGGAACCUAAUAUUACCCCAACUAUCGAGUUCCGCCAGGCCCGCAGCUCUCUAGACUCAUUGGAGGUCUCAAGAUGGAUCGAUUUCUGUGUCGGACUGGUUCGACUAGCCUAUAUAUACCACGAGAAUCCAGACAGGUUCCCUGCCAAAGCGUUGGAUGAUUACUAUCUUGAAAAUGGCGUUUUUGAAAGGGGCGUUGUUGAUAUAUUUGACUUGAUCAGGGAUAUGGAAUUAGGUGAUGGCGCAGUUAGCUACUGGCAAUUCAUGAUAGGGCAGUACGCUAUGGGAUCCGGGGGCGAUCAAGAUGAUCGGACUGACAAUGAGGUGCCGCCCAUCGUACCAACUGUAGGCAGCUGGAGUAGUGAUGGCUAUUCUCUUCCUGGCAGAUCACCCUCGCCCGCAGGCAGCGAGCCUGUCAACCUGAUUGAAAACCCGGCCGGAGAUCCGAUGGAAGACGUUAUUGAAGAUGAGAUUGGAAAUGAGGUUCCAGGUCAGAUGGGUUACCCGGAAGAAGAGAUUCAAUUCCACUCAAGUGAUUGGUCUUUCAAUGAUAAGGCUUAUAAGGGGGUGUCUGCUAUGUGUGCUGUUCAAAAGUCAUUCAGACACCAGUAUCCAUCUUCGCAGUACGCAGCAAAAGAAGAUUUCUCCGAUUUUCUGGAUCAGCUCCACAUAAUAACCGGCGACAAAAGAACUCAUCAUUCUGCUCAAGUUAUAGCACGAGUGCUGCGGGCUUAUACUAACAAUGAAUAUAACUUGGUCGUGGUAAUGCAAAGGCUCGCUAAGAGACCUCGUACAGCUACGAGGAUAUGGACUGGGGCUCCAAGGGAUCUUUAUAUCUAUGGGAUAUCAGAGAAAGGAGGGAUUGGGUGGCGUUCUAUGCGACCCAUAGAAGCGCCAGAACCAGAACCAGAACCAGAACCAGAACCAGAGCAACAGCCCGGCCCCGCCCCCGCCGGCCAGCUCGCCUUCGAAGCCAUGAACUACGACGGCAGCACCUGGCACGUAACCAACUACAACCCCAACGACUGGUACAUCCUAGCUACCAGCUCCAAGAUCGACCGGCGCAACAAGCUAUCUGGGGUGCGCGCCCUCUGGGAAUCCAUGCAGAAGCAAUACCCCAACUCAGAGUUUUCGCGCGCUGAACUGAACGAUGUACUCGCGCUCUUUGAUUCCAUAGACGCGAGUGGGGAGGCGGAGCAGCAUCUUCAAGAUGUGCUUGAGGCUUGGACGCAGCGGCAGUUUGUCUUGGUUGUGGUUACUAGUGUAGGGGAUUCUCGGAAUCGGGACUGGACGGCUAGGAGGGUUCCUGGGCCUAGGUCGGGAUCUUAUGCGUUGAAUCUGUUCGUGACUUAUGUUCGGGGCGGGGCCUUGAGGGGGCAUUGGGAGGGGAUGGAGAGAAAGAAGGGCGUUGCGCAGAGGCCUUAG